CAAUUCGGCUCGGGACAAUUAGAUACGCUUAUUAAUCAAAGUUAUGACAUUUUUGAGUCUACCCACAGAAAGUUGCCAUCUGAGCAGGUUGAAGAAUUUGACGACGAACCGUUGCUCGACCUUCAGCCUGUUACUUAUCCUGUACCUGGGAACUCUUGCAAAGCUAGUUCCCCUUUACUAGACUAUGAGGAACCUAAACCAAGCUUGGAAGAAGAGCAACAGCGACGAACUGAAAAAGACGAACAAGAGGUAGGCAAUAAUGAAAUGGAUGACGAACAGGAUGAUAAAGAGGAUGAAGAUGAUUGCGAUGAGACUGUUUCUUGGCAGGACUAUUUGAUAUACGGCCAUUUGGGGGGCGGUUGGUGCCUAAUGGCAUGCGUGCUUUUGCUCUUCGUCAGUACCAUCAGCCUACUCGUUUCAUGUGACUUUUUUGUUGCAAAAUGGUAA